UAAACAACUUUGUAGCUCUCUCUCUCUCUCUCUGGCGAUGGUGAAUCCCCCAAAGAAGUAUCUUAGCUCUUUCUGCCCCAUAACAAGUAAGAAGAAGAACAGGUGGUUGCUUUCCAUCUCUGCUAAACUUCCUUGUUAAUGCUGUUGUUUUUGCUGAAAUGGCAACAAUGGCGGAGAGCGUGGUGAUUGUGGUGAUGGAUGGAAAUAGAAGCAAAGCCAACCUCGAUGCCAUAAGCUGGGCAAUGAGCAACGUUGUUCGCCCAAAAGACACUCUGCUCGUUCUUGGAAUCAUCAGAGACUCUGAGAAGAAGACAUCUUGCCUUCCUUUCAAUCUUCGCAAGAACACGAUAUGGGAACGAUUGGUGUUCUCAGCAACAGAAGAGGUAACCCCUCAAGUGCUUGAAGAUGAGAUUAAGAAGAAGAAACAAGAGUAUCAGUUUGUUCUUCAGCCAUUUUAUCAACAGUGCAAGAAGAAUGGGGUGAAGUUGGAGGUGAAGCUUGCUGCUGGAUUUUCUCCUAACGAGAUUACUGUUGAAGAAGCCCAAAGUACAAAGACUCGUUGGAUCGUGUUAGAUAGUAAGUUAAAGAAUGGCAGAUUCUUCAUAAAAGAACAUGUACGCUGCAAUGUGGCAGUAAUGAAAGGGCAUGAUGUUGCCACCAUCCUUUCAUCUAUGCCUGCUAUUGGAGAAGAUGUAAAUGUUGCACCAGAUACUGCUAAUGAUUCUGGAUCCACACAUUCUAGCCAACCACAGGAGAGUAACCUUGAGGAGCUUGAUAUAUCAAGUGAAGAGAAUGGACCCCCACCGGAGUCUUCAAGCCCUACAACUCCUACCCAUAUACAUUCUUUACCCUCCCAAUGGCCAGGUUUUCCUCGUGAGUUCUUCUUUUCUGAAGUGGAAGAAAUAACAAAUGGUUUUGCUGAUGAAAACUUCAUUAUGGAGGAGGAGAACUUCAGGAUUUACAGUGGUGUUCUUCUCGGGACCCCUGUUCUUGUCAAAUGUUUCUCUGGUGGGACUAAACAGUUCUUGACUGAACUCAAUAUCCUUAAGAAGGUUCGCCAUCGCAAUAUAUUGAACCUUUUGGGAUACUGUUGCUUGAAUGUAUCAACAAUGUUUUUGAUAUGUGAGUACCCAUACAAUGCGUCACUGGACUAUCAACUGAGAUCGUCAGAAUUGGCAUGCAAACUAUCAUGGAGGAUAAGGUCGAACAUAGCACUUGGGGUUGGUAAGUGUUUGCGCUAUCUUCAUGAGGAGUGUCCUGGUGGACCCAUAUGCCACCUUUCCCUCUCAUCCUCAAAUGUUUUGUUAUCUCAAAGCUAUAUGCCUCUGCUUGCAAACUUUGGUUUGGCGAAGUGGGUCAAUCAUGAAGAAGCAUUGCAAGCACCAUCUCUAGAAGAGCCCAUCGGGAAUAUGCUACAAGAAGGUGAGUGCCUCUCAUGUGAUGUUUAUUCAUAUGGCUUGUUGCUGUUGAAGUUGCUAACAGGACGAACUCUUGGAGAGGGCCCGUCCUUAGAGGAAUGGGCUAUACCUUUCAUAGAAAAUGGCUCCAUGAGUCAAAUAAUAGACCCGAGGUUGAAAGAUUCAUGUGAUGAGGAGCUGCUGAGGGACAUGGCACAUGCUGCAUUACUAUGUAUAAAAUCAGAUUCAAGGUGUCAACUUUCCAUGAGCAGGGUGGUGUCUAUUGUGGAAGGCAACCAGUUUAUGAAUUCUAGAUGCUAAGGAAGGCUCUAAUUGCUUUGGGAUCCCCUGGUAUGAAUGAUGAACUAAAAUUGUAGAGUGUAUUGAUCUUCCUCGUCUGAAUUAUUGGUGAUAGAGUACUGCUUUUUGCUAUGAAUGUAUGUUAACCAAUUGAGAAGACUUUGAAAGUAAAUAUGACGCACACGAAGCUCUGUAUAGAAGUUUAGAAAUAGA